UAUUAGUAGUUCACCGAAUAAAUUGGUGAAUGUUUCAUGAAUUUCCCCACAACUCUCUUUACAUGGCAAUUUUUGGUUAAUUCAUUGCUGAUGAACGUUUCCAAAGUUUACAAUUUGGAAUAUCAACGUAAAAAAACAGCUUUUAGACAAAGAAAAAGUAAGAAAAGAGAAAGAGAAGGAGAAGAACAAUGAGAAAUGGCGUAAAAAUAGUAAUAUGGUUAAUCUGGACAAUAAAUCUAUGGCAAUUAGGUAUGUCUAUAUGGCUCAACUUACCUGCAUCUGGUACCAAAUGUGUCUCUGAAGAAAUUCAAACUAACGUCGUCGUUUUGGUCGAUUACUAUCUCAUCUUCGAUGAUCCCACCUCUUAUGAGCCUACUAUCUCUGUUAAGGUGACAUCACCUUUUGGAAACAAUAUUCAUUCUAAGGAGAAUGCUACACAUGGUCAAUUUGCAUUUACUACACAUGAGACUGGUAACUAUUUAGCUUGUUUCUGGGUUGAUGGUAACAAUCCAAAGAAAGUAGAUGUGAGUGUAAAUCUUGAUUGGAGAACUGGAGUAGCUGCGAAGGAUUGGGAAUCCGUUGCGAAGAAGGAGAAGAUUGAGGGUAUUGAGCUUGAGUUAAGAAAACUUGAAGGAGCAGUGGAAGCUAUACAUGAAAAUCUAUUGUAUCUCAAAAACAGGGAAGCUGAAAUGAGGACAGUGAGUGAAAAAACAAAUACUAGGGUCGCAUUGUUCAGCAUUAUGUCGUUAGCGGUUUGCAUCACAGUUUCUACCUCACAAUUAUUGUACUUAAAGCGUUUUUUUCAAAAGAAAAAGUUAAUCUAGAUGUUUACAAUCUCUUGUUAGAUGACAAUGAGAGGAUCCUGUUUUGAUUCUCGACUUCUAAAUUACGAUUGAUUACUUUUUUAUAUUCUAUUUUCUUGCGCUAGAUGAUGCUUUUUCUCAUCUCUUGUUACAUAGUCGAUCUUUUUGAGUGUUUGUUCGAGGGACGUAAAAAGUGGGACUUGACUUAGAUGUCUUUCGGUCCCACGUCUUGUAAGUGCUUGGAGGGACCUGAAAAUGAGCCUGCUUGAGAAAAUAGUGAAGGAAAGUUUCAUGUUCUUCAAUCAAAGUAUCAAACACUCAUUAUCUC